AUGGUCGCAGGCGGCAAACAGAUGAAUGUCCGGGUGACGACGAUGGACGCGGAACUGGAGUUCGCGAUCCAGCAGACGACCACAGGCAAGCAGCUCUUCGAUCAGGUGGUCAAGACCAUCGGUCUGCGAGAGGUGUGGUUCUUUGGACUCCAGUACACCGACUCCAAGGGUGACCUUACGUGGAUCAAGCUAUACAAGAAGCCGGAUACGAUAGCGGAAAAGACAGUGAAGUGUGUGACCACGGCUGUUAAGAAGCUGGUCACACCCGAAGAGGAUGAUGAGGAGGCUGCUUAUGACAGAGCAGAUGAUAUGGUGAUGCAACAGGAUGUGAAGAAGGAGAAUCCGCUGCAGUUCAAAUUCCGUGCUAAAUUCUAUCCUGAAGAUGUCGCCGAUGAGCUCAUACAGGAGAUCACAUUGAAGCUCUUCUAUCUACAGGUUAAAAACGCGAUUCUUUCCGACGAAAUAUACUGUCCGCCUGAAACGUCCGUGUUGCUGGCUUCAUACGCAGUUCAAGCGAGACAUGGAGACCACAACCCUUCCAUGCAUGGACCUGGCUUCCUUGCCAAUGACCGCCUUCUGCCCCAGAGAGUCACCGACCAGCACAAGAUGUCCCGGGAAGAAUGGGAGCAAAGCAUCACCAACUGGUGGCAAGAGCACCGCGGGAUGCUUCGAGAGGACGCCAUGAUGGAGUAUCUCAAGAUCGCCCAAGACCUCGAGAUGUAUGGAGUCAACUACUUUGAGAUCAGAAACAAGAAGAACACCGAGCUCUGGUUGGGAGUCGACGCUUUGGGGCUGAACAUCUACGAGAAGGAUGAUAAACUGACGCCCAAAAUCGGAUUCCCCUGGUCUGAGAUCCGCAACAUCUCGUUCAACGACCGCAAAUUCAUAAUUAAGCCGAUCGACAAAAAGGCGCCCGACUUUGUCUUCUUCGCGCCUCGCGUUCGGGUUAACAAGCGUAUUCUGGCGCUCUGUAUGGGGAACCACGAGUUGUACAUGCGCAGGCGCAAGCCCGACACCAUUGACGUUCAGCAGAUGAAGGCCCAAGCCAGGGAAGAGAAGCUGGCCAAGCAGGCUCAGAGAGAGAAGUUGCAAUUAGAAAUAGCGGCCCGUGAAAGAGCAGAGAAGAAGCAACAAGAGUACGAAGACCGACUCCGACAGAUGCAGGAAGAGAUGGAAAGAUCACAGGCGAACCUGGUCGAGGCGCAGGAGAUGAUCCGGCGCCUGGAGGAGCAGCUGAAGCAGCUGCAGGCCGCGAAGGACGAACUGGAGCAGCGGCAGAACGAGCUGCACGCCAUGAUGCAGCGCCUCGAGGAGACCAAGAACAUGGAGGCGGCCGAGCGCCAGAAGCUGGAGGACGAGAUCCUCGCCAAGCAGAUGGAGGUGUCUCGCAUCCAGCAGGAGGUGGAGAUCAAGGAUACCGAGACGCGCAGGCUGCAGGAGGAGGUGGAGGAGGCCCGUCGCAAGCAGGACGAAGCCGCGGCUAUGCUGGCGGCGGCCAUCACUCCCCAGCAUCACCACGUGAACGAGGGCCGACGAGGAGGGUCCGAGGGUGAAGCGGAAGGAGAGGGCGGCUCCGGAGACGGCUCCGACGGAGGCUCGGAGUCGGGAGUGGGAGAGCUCACCGGGGCGCCCGACGACCUGGUGGACCCCUUGGCCGAGAGACGCACCCUGGCCGAGAAGAACGAGCGGCUUCACAGUCAGCUCAAGGCCUUGAAGCAAGACCUGGCCCAGUCCCGGGACGAGACGAAAGAGACGGCGAUGGACAAGAUCCACCGCGAGAACGUGCGCCAGGGGAGGGACAAGUACAAGACGCUGCGAGAGAUCCGGAAGGGCAACACCAAGCGUCGCGUCGACCAGUUCGAGAACAUGUAG